AUGGUGACCCAACUUGAUUAUAAACUUUGGGAAUCUCCAAACUUCGUACUCGCCGGUCUCGAUCUAGUAGAACCACUGCUAGCCCAACUGCCUCCAAAUGACGAUGGCAGCCAGUGUUAUAAUCGAUAUCAUCUCGACCAACACAUCUGGUCCGAAGUCUCAAGGACGACUGAUAAGCAGAGCAAGUGGCCGAUACUAAACCAUCUCGCAGCUAUUUGCAAAAUCUUCAAAAUCUACGCAUGCAAAAAUACCGAGUGCGUCAGGAACCUAGAGAAUUUAAAAAGGCUGAACGUUGUUCCAGAAAGCACGUGGAACCCGUUUCGAGAACGGAUCCUCCAGAUCAUCUCGUGUCAGCGGUCUGUGCCUCUAGCAGAUAGAGACACUCGCGCCUUCAAAAAUUUUGCCAGUGCUAUCAACUGUUUCUAUUGGAUUUUAGACAGCACGUGGAGGGAUAAUACAAUCCAGGUCACAGGCACUUAUCUCACCAAUGAUGAUUUUACCCAAACGGAUACGAUAGACGUCUUCCCGGUCUGUGAAAUCAUCUAUUGGGCCGUCACUGUCCAAAUAUACUUUGGACAUAAUCCGGACAUCUUCGGUGAAAGAUGGAAGAAAGCCAUUAUACCCAUCAAAGUAGCAGCUAAAGCAAUUGCAGAUGCAACCAAGAAGGCGUCCGGUAACAUCUGUCUAAACAGACUAUGGAACAUUACUCUUAUCAGUGAAAGGGCAGAACAAGAUAUCCCUUCCCUAAUCAACCUGGCAAUUGGUGAGCGAUAUGCAAAGCUUCGGCACCCUGGCCAUGAAAAUUGUACUCCGGAGCAGUGCGACUUCAAUUCACUAGAUGCAACAAGGGUUACUCAACUUCACCAAUGCCCCGAAACAGAUGCAGAUUGUAGAACGACAAAAAUUCAUUUCGAUCCAGCUCUCCUGAAAGUAUCGAUAGAAUCUGGGGGCGGUACUACUUGGUCUAUCGAUGCGCCAUUCAGAGUUCUCCAGGAGCGGAAAUAUAUCGCGAUCUCCCAUGUUUGGGCGGAUGGUACUGGCAUCGGGCUAGAACCAGCCGGGAGAGUAAAUGCCUGCUUAUUUGAAUAUUUCGCUAGAAUUGCAAGAGCCCUUGAGUGUAAAGGAAUUUGGUGGGAUACUAUCUCAAUUCCAACUGACCCUAAGCUCCGGAGCAAAGCCAUUAACGAGAUGCACAACAAUUACUCCAAUGCCCAAUUCACUGUUCUUCACGACAGAUAUCUAGCCAACUUUGAAUGGGCCGAUGAUGGAACUCCAUGCCUUGCAGUUAUCCUUUCACCAUGGUUUACUCGUGGCUGGACGGCACUCGAGUGUAUCAUGUCACGGAGGAUCAAGGUGAUAUUCAAGAAACCGGGAAGUACGACUUACGAACCAAUACUCAAGGACCUCGAUGAAGAGGUACUUGCACAAGACCCAAGCCGCUGCUCCCGCGGUCACUGGAUUGCAUCUACGAUCAUUCGCCGCCUACGCCAACCUAAUCAAAUUACAGGUGACCUAGAGUCCUCUGAGAAUAAAGACAUCAUCCAAAAUGUCAGUGAUCUUCUAGCGGUUCUACAACCUCGAAGUACAUCCUGGUCCCGAGAUCGUAUGAUUAUUGCCGGGCUGCUCGCGGGUGUAGAAGUUCAGUACGGUGAAAGCGCUGCUGCUAUUACCCAAAAAAUCUGCCAAAAACUCAAGUACAUCAACCCUGUGAGUCUAGUCCACGAAAAAACACCAAUUACGGAAACGGGGGCAUGGUCUUGGUGCCCAAAAUUUCUUUAUGAUAUGCCAGCCUCUCCGCCCAGUGACUCCCACGGAAGAUACCAUCAGUGUCUUAUCCGGAAUGGCGCGAUUAAACUAUCGAUGUACACGUGGUAUCGAAGAGUUACGAAGGAAGACGUUCUUCAACGUCGGAUUAUUCCAUUCUCUACGCACCCCUCUGUUUCAUUCAAAAUCGAUGCCGCACUUGAAGAAGAAUGGCACAACUGCCUUAUUUUGGAAUUGACCCCCAUGGUUGCGCUUCUAGUAGCGACUAUUGAGGAUAACAAGCCUAUUGCAUCUACAGCUGCCUAUCUAGUACCCCGCGGUGAUGAGGCUAUUGUAUGCCGUCAUAUAGGUAGCGUCCGGGUGGUCCAAGAGAAAAGUUUUCAUGAAAAGCUCACGCUCAAUAAAAGCAAGAUGGCGACUUUCAUUAUUGGGCCCCCAGAGGAGUUUCCCGAAACCCCCGUCCGGAAUAAUUUACAAACUCUCGCUCAUGUACCUCAAUCUCAACGUAUUAUUCAAAAUAUCUUGAAAUGGGAUGAGCAGGUUUGGAUAGGGGACCGCGCUGACGGUGAAUUAUUUGUUCCUAAGCGGAUCAAAGAAAGACUCUCUUUCGGGCAUUUCCUCGAAGUCGCAAUGCAUGAAGUUGAGAUUAAAUAUAACACAGCCUAUGAUGAACUAAUUACCGCAUUGGCAAAAACGCCUUGCUUCGCCAUUUCUGGCCAAGGGCUCAUCCAGAAGGUCUCAAAGGCAUGGUCACUUGAAACUCCAUUGUAUAGUCUUGUGGGUGUAGGGUUACGUUGGCCACCACCAUCUAUACCAUCUUCAGAAAGAGUAGAGCGCCGCGGCAAAAUCCUCGAACGGAAAAUAAUUGAAUACCCUACAAACUCCUUCAUGCUGGAAUUUGAAAACGACACACUGACCUACUCAGCAAUCAAGAAGGAAUAUAUUGAGCCAUCUGAAACUCGUCCUUAUCAAGGAAUUUGGGCUUGUAUAUCCCCUUCCGGAGCAUACGAACUCCACCUGUUCCAGCAACCUGAGCCAGAAGAGAUAAUGGCAACAAAAAUCACGAGAACUUGGGCGGGCCCGCCAGCCGGCUCUCCAGUAUUUCGAGCUGAAGAUAUCGAAAACCAACUGUUGCUCUAUUCUAACCGUGAAAUUGACUGCGAUAUUAGUCUGAAAGCCGAUGAUGACGACUCUCCGAAAUGGACUUCUAGAUUCUUCCAUUUCGUGGAUCAUAAUACCAUUAAUAUGGUUCCAGACCCAGAUUUUGAAGAGGAGGAAGAUGGAGAAGAACAGGUACUUUGGAAAUAUCGUCGCAUUCCCUCUGCGGUGUUUUUUCCACCGGAGAACACGAGGUGCCGUACUCCACCUCCUCGACACUUCCUACACUCAAGAUAUCAGUAA